UCUUUUUCCUCUUUCAUUGUUAACAUACCUAGGUUCCUGCCUGGAGGAUUUGGUUAUCUCCAGGUACUAGACACGGAAGCCUGUUAAGCGAAAGCUUCUUCUAUUCCGUCCACAACCAUUUGAACUAUUUGAAGUCAAGGUCAUUUCUGGCGUUGUCCAAGGUUGUUGGUUGGUUUUAGUUCAACUGUCGUAAUAUGUAUUAAAAUAGUAUUCCUUGUGUCUUCAUAAACGAACGUACAUACAUAAACCUGUAUCUAUAUAAGUCGAGGUAAGGACGGACCGUUAGGGGAGAUUUAAGCUCGUAAUGAAAAUGACUUUCCCAAGCGAAAAAGGGGAACUUUUGUGGAACGUGGGAAAAUGUCUAAGAGAACUCAGUGUUAAUAUAAACAAGAUACGUCUAAGUGUCUUCGUUCUUCCUCAUUAAUGGGUAAAUGAUGAGUAUUUAAUCCUUAAUUUCCCCAUUGAGGUGAAAUAUAUCGAAAUUAAAAUUUUUACCUGCUUCAGGAUGUAUGCUUUUCUCAAAAGUUCACAUCGUAUUGUUUACUUUACGGCAGUAUAAACAAUUGGAGUAGUUGAUUUUGCGCAUAGUGUAACACACUUGUAUACUGUACAUUUAGGAAGUCUGCAUUUAAUUCUCCAGGUCAACCAAAUUAUAUGCACACUCGACAAUGAUCAAAGCAGUGGUUUAAAUGAUAAUAAUUUAAUAACAAUUUUUACAUGAAUGGCCGUAAGUAGUAUUUAUAUCGGGAGGAUAGUGUAGUGUAAACAUCUUAACAGAAUAGUUGUCUUCAACUGUGAUUAAGAAGUUAGUGCGAGGUUUACGUACAUAUAUGAAGAAAGCCUAUUAGCUCAAACGAAAUACUCGUGCAUAUCAGCGUUUACUUGCUACAUCUAGUUGGCCUCAACUUACUCGAUGCAAGUUGGAAGUUUAGUAUGGGUUUAAAGAACAUAUGUGUGACCAAAAAAUAUUUACAUUGAGGGUGAUUCGAAGAUUUGACUCCUUGAGUUAACUCAUAUAUUAUUAAUUACUCAUAGGUGGACUGAAAGGGAAAAUGGCGACAUUCCUUGGGAGAGUUUGGUGUGUAUGAACGAGAAAUUCUCCAAGAUGUCUGCUUUUUUGUUUGACAUGGUUGGCAGGAGACUUACUGCCUAGAUAUAAAAGUUUCAAGCUACUGAUCUAUCAGAGCUAUCUGUCAAACUGAAACCAGUUAAUCAAUUCCAACCAUUCAGUCACUUUUUGUGUGGCAUACACUUCCUUAGGAUUGAUUAGUUUCUAAAAGUAGUUGUUACUCAGUCCCCCUAAAUUUCGACACAGGUAAAUUAUCCGUCUUUUAUACGAAUAUUCAUCAAGAUUAGAACGAAUAGUCUGACAGAAAUUGGGCGCCGAGAAUAGAGAAGUCAUUAUAUGUGAAAAUGAUAUUUAAAAUAAUCCAGACGAGUUAGCUGGAUGAAACGUUGGAAUUACUUAAAUUUCAAUCGCUGAGAUUAUUUCAAAUAUAAUUUUAACAUAUUCACCUUUCAAUUUGCUUAUUUAUGAAUAUGGGUGAUUUUCCUAAUUGCCUGAUCAUUUGUUUCAUGCGAUUCAUAACAGUUAACAAUCAUGAUUUUGUAGGGUAUAAAACAAUAUAUUUCUAGCCAGCAACAAUGUUAAUGGGUUCAGAUGAGAAAUAAAAUCAAAAUAGCAAGUGGCAUUUUUGAUUCGAUGGGUCUAAAGCAAAAAUCCCACAUGUUAAGGGGUUGGUUAUGAUAAUUUGCUAUUCUAGUGUUUGCUUUGGUUUUUCUAUGUAAAUGCUUUUUACGUUAAAGUUGUUCUUGAAGGAUAAACCUGAAAGGAAAAAUUAUGCAGUCAUUGUUUUGAUUCUAAUUACUAUUGAAAUUUACUUUUAUAGUAUUAUCAUUAUUGUUAUUAUUAUCUUUUUUCUAAUUGUAUUUUACCAUACUCGUAGUAAUUUACGUUUCCGGAUCUAACCUAAGGUGAUUUCAUGUCAAAUGUCCAAUCGUAUUUACUCUGCGUUGUAUUCCAAAAUAGCAAAUUCACAAAAUUCUUCAGAGGAUUCUGCUUUGUUACCUGGACCAUUACUCAGUUUUUUGAAGUCGAAUAAUACAGAUGGAUCACAGAACUCUACUAAGGAAUCUAUAACUCCCACUGAAAUCGAGGCACAAGGUCGUCUUACGUCUUGGUUUUAUCAAGCUGAUGCUGAUCCUUUAAUGCUUAAAGGCAUGUCUCGACAGCAGCGUCUUAUGGGGUUUUUCUUAUGUCUUCUUUCAGCAUCGUUAUGUCUUUGUUUGGCGAUGCUUUUCUUGCCAGUUAUUGCAACACCUUUUGGUAUGCGUAAAUACGUACUGUUGCAUACACUUGGUAGUAUUUUAUUAAUUGGGAGUUUUUCAUUUCUUUGGGGCCCAUGGAAUCACAUUAGAAGCUUAUUUAGCACUGAGCGCCUGUUUUUUACUUUAAGUUAUUUAGUCAGCUUACUUGGUGGCUUAUAUGCUGUGGUUGUGUGGCAGAGUGCCGUAUUUUCAGCUUUGGCCUUGAUCUCCCAAAUUUGUUUAGUUGUAUGGCAAAUUAUUACCACCAUACCUGGAGGUAAAAUUGGCUUGAGCGCUUUCUUGCGUGGUAGUUUGUGGACAGUAAAAGGGAUUUCUAAAGGUCUACCUGUUUAGUUAUUUUUGCGUUACAUGUUGCUCCCUGUAAAAAAGGACUGAGAUAUUUUUCUGACAUUCUGUCGAGGUGAAUUAUGCUAGCCUCAUCACUAGAUUUUAUUGAUUUUCUAAAGACGGUUUGAAUAAUAAUUUAUUUAUAUGCAAUAUCAUACUCGCUUUGUUCAGAUAAAACAGAAGGGUAAAUUUGUAAGAAAGUAAACCGUUGGUUCGGAUUUUUCUUGAUGAAUCUGUUACGGAUAGGUAGUUGAAUAAUCUAUAUAUCAACCGACUGUAAUACUAAUCGUUAUCGUUUGUUGAGUAGUGUUAACUAUCCAGAACCUUCGCUGGGAAAUUUGUCCAGUAACUGUUAAGACACGUGACAGCCAAAGACCUGACAUCCUUUAUACUGUAUCUUAUGGCGUGUAAGCAUGAUCUACUGGUAAGCGAUGAUCUCGUUUUUCCCGACGAAUCCCGAAUACUGAUGAACGGCGUCUGUCAGAUUGAAUGUAUAUAUUUGUUCAUAAGAGUUUUGUUUCACUUGUUGAAGUUCGUCGUAGGAUAUUUGGGAUAUUUAGAUAGUCAAAGUGUAAAUAGUUUGAUUAAGAUGGAGUGGUGUACACGUGAUUCAAUAUUACAGUGUUUAACUGUCACAAAUAUGUGUACCUCUAUCAGGGAAACUUGUAAACCUUCGGAAUGCUGCAGAAUUUAAUAAAAGGGGAAAACAUUAAAACAAAUCGCUUUUAAUAACAUCAUUGCCCUCGAGUCCAGCGUCGCUUAUCUCACAGUACUUAAUUUUACCGAUCUGAGCGAGAUUUCCACUUAAUAGUUCACAUAUAGUUUUCAAAAACUGGCUACAGAACAAACCAAAAUGCAGUAAAAUCUGGACAACCAUUCAGUGGUGUUUUUCAUCUAAUAAAUAUCAUAUUUGAAUAGCCAAUAGUCGGUGAAACUCUGAUCAACAUAAGUCUGGGUAAACAGUUUUUAAAGGUAUCAUGGGUAAAUUUUAAUAUAUGGAAAACAGAUAAUUAAGUUUGUUAACUGUACAACGCGUAGUAUUCCUCUUUGUUGUUAACAAAGCAAAAACCUCAGUAGAGUCCUAAUCUUAAAUUACUUGGAAAUUCCAAAGACUGACCCAAUGGAAAUGCCACUAAAAUCAAUUUUAGGAACUUUCAGUCCUUCAUUACCAUACAACUUUCAAAUAGAGAAACUAAGAAUUAUAAAGCAGUUCAGAUGGUGGACUUUCAAGUGCGGCAUUCAUAUUAAAUGGUUUAAGAUUAUGACAUUUAAUGUUAGUUAAUGCCGACUUUUUCAUUGAACUUGUUCAUAAUAUAAUAUAUAGGUAGGAUAUCCACGACUUAGAGGCUUCGAUGGGAAUAAUAGUGUACCAUAUAUGGGUUUAUAUAUUAAACACUUAGUCUCACGCUUGUGUAUGGGGAAUAUUGGGUUUGUGAUCAAAGAACUUAACUCUUAGGAAUCCAUGAGCUCAUCGCUUCAUUGUUUGUAGCCGGGUAGUGUGGUGAGCUCUCAUAUCAAAAGCUUUGUUCAAAGCUGAGUACGUAAGGCUGUGAUUAGAAAAUUAGUUACUUUUGUUAUCGUUCGCUUUUUGAGCACUUCAUUGAUGUAAAAUUGUGAAAUGUGUUGUUACGCUUCAACAAUAAGCAAAUGGAUUAGCUUUACUCAGAUGCGAAUAGCCAGACCAAAAAUUAUGCAAAACAGCCUAUUGACAGUUUAUAAAAAUGUGUCGAGAUAUGCUUUUUAGUUUCAUUUCACUGACAAAAAAACUAGGUUAGGAAAUUUGCUUAAAAAGUCCAGAAGGUAUACCCUAGUGGUUUUCUUAAAUAUAUCCCAGUGAAUAAUGCCUCUGAUGAGGGGCUAAGUUGGCGAAACUCAUCUGAAGAUUAUAGUUCCGUUUCAUAGUAUGUGUUACAGAGCUUAUCAUGAAUAAUCAAUCAUAAAUAAAAAUGAAAAGAUUUUGAGCUAUAUAAUUUUUAAAGGAAAUGACAUUAACGAUAUCAUGGGCAAAUGCUUAACACCAAGGUGUAGUAGUUAACUAUGAAUUGCUUGAGUUUUAUUCAUUCAGACAACUUACGCAUGUUCCCUCUCAUGGAGGAGCAUAGGUCUCGCACUAGCAUUCAGCAUCGGACUCUCAGUUGCUAUUGGUCCUUGUGUCUGCUUCCGAUUCCCGUCUCAAUUUGUCCUUUGGCCUUCCUCUUUUCUGUUUACUUUCAAGAUUCCAAGUUGGCGCUUGCUUCGUGAUGCAGUUUAAUGAUUUCCAUAUUGUAUAUUCUAUCUACUCCCAACAUCUUCCUAAUCUCUUCACCCGGAAGCUGAUUUGUUCUCUACCACAGUAGGCUAUUACUGAUGGUAUCAGGUCAACGGACAUUGAGUAUUUUGUGUGGACAAUUGUUUAUAAACACUUGUACCUUUUUGAUGAUGGCUGUAGUAGUUCUCCAAGUUUUAGCUCCAUACAGUAAGACUGUCUUGACGUUCGUAUUGAAGACUGUUUCUUUGAUGUUAGUUGACAGUUGUUUUGAGUUCCAUAUAUUCAACUGUAAGAAUGCUGUUCUUGCUUUACCAAUCUUCGUCUUUACGUCUGCAUUAGAUCCUCCUUGUUCAUCGAUGAUGCUGUCCAGGCAUGUGAAAGAUUCAACAUCUUCUAGAGCUUCUCUAUCGAGUGUGGUUGGGUUGGUGUUCUCUGUGUUGUGUUUGAGGAUAUUGAUUUUUCCCUUGUGUAUGUUGAGUCCUACUGGUGUAAAGGUUUCUGCCACAUUGACUGUCUUCACCUGCAUUCGUUCGUGUGUGAAAUAGAAAGGUCAGAUCAUCUGUGAAGUUCCAUAUAUUCUAGUUGAUUCCGAGCUGUCCAUUGUAUUCCUUGUUUCCCCUCCGAUGUCGAGGUCUUCAUAAUCCAGUCAGUCACUAGAAUAAAGAGAAAUGGAGAGUAAACAGCCUUGUCUGACUGCGAUCCCUACUUGGAAUGUAUUUGUCAGCUGCCCGCCAUGCACGCCUUUGCACUGUAGUCCGUCGUAUGAAUUCCGUAUAAUAUUGACGAUUUCAGGUACACUAUAGUAUUGAGGUUUCCAUAAUAUUCUGCUUUCCACACUGUCAAACUUUCUCACAGUCAAGGAUGCUGAUGUUUAGUGACGAGUCGUGCUCCAUUGAUUUCUCAAAAACGAUGCGUAAUGGUGCAAUUUGGUCUGUGUACGACCGAUCUUUACGGAAUUUAACCUGAUUAUCUGGAAGUUGGGCGUAUAUAGAGUUUUUCGUCCGGUUUACCAACGCUCUGUUGAAAACUUUUCCUAGUACCGAUAAUAGUGUGAUUCCUCUCUAGUUGUUUCAUUUACUCAGAUAUUUCUUUGGUACCUUGAUGAGGUGUCCCUCUUCCAAUCUGUCGGCAUUUGUUCCUCCUCCCAAAUCUUCCUGGAUAAAACGUGGAGCAUGUUUUCAUUUAAUUCUAUGUCUGACUUCAGUGCUUCAGCUGGUAAAUUAUCAGGUCCUGUUGCUUUUCCGCUCUUGAUUUGUCUGAUGGUCAUCCUGACUUUUUCGACCGUUGAUGUAGUGACACCUAGAGGGAGGUCUGUAGGCGCUGCUUCGGUGUCCGGUGGAUUCGAUGGAGCUGGUCUAUUCAAGAUUUCCUCUGUCCUUGAAUUUCAGUGAUUGGCUUGCCUUUGUACUUGACCGGUCUCUCUGGUUUACUAUAUCUCCCCACCAGUUUCUUCCCCGUGUCAUAUAGUUGUCUCAUAUUUCCUCUUGCACCUUUUCACACUGUCGUUGCUAGGUCUUCGACAUAUUUCUGCUUGUCAGAUCUAAUGCUCCUUUUCACUUGCUUUUUUGCUUCAGUGUAUUCAGCUUGUACCUUGACUUUCUCUGUUCUUAUUCAACUGUUGUUAAUAGUUGUCUUGUCCUUUCUUUCUUUAAUCUUGUUCAGGAUUUCAAUGGAGAUCCGUCCCUUAUGAUGGUGCUUUUUGCUGCCCAGAACCUCCUGAAACUUUGAAGUUAGUGAUUCUUUGAUCCCUUUCCAGUUGUCCUCCAUAGUAGUUUCUUCUUCUUUGAGUAGGUUUUGUAAGGCCUGUAACCUGUUGUUGAGAGCUGUUCUGAAUUCGUUGAAUUUGUCAGUAUCUCGAAGGAAGGCUCUAUUGAACCUUUGUGAUGGUAUUUACCCAGUUGUCCAGUGCUUCUUUAGCUUCAGUUUCAUCUUGGCAACCACCAGGUGGUGAUCCGAAGCUAUUUCAGCUCCUGUCCUGGUUCUCACGUCUUCCAUUGCCCUUCCGAAUGUUUUACUGACAUAAAUAUGAUCUAUCUGGUUCUCCGUGGUUUGGUCCGGUGAGAUCCAUGUAGCUUUGUGUAUGCGUUUGUGUGGGAAUAUUGUGCUACCUAUAACUAUUUUGUUGAAUGCACAUAGAUUUGCAAAACUCUCACCAUUUUCGUUUCUUUCUCCAAGUCCAUGCCAUCCCAUGAUUUUUUCAUAUCCAGUGUCGUCCAUCCCGACUUUGGUGUUUAGGUCCCCCAUCAGGAUGGUCAGUUUUUCCUGGGUACUUCGCUAUGAUUGAUUGGGGUCCCUUAUAGAAUUGAUCUUUAAUGUCGUCAUUGUUAUCAUUGGUGAGUGCAUAACAUUGAAUAACAUUCAUCGUGAUUCCCAUCUUUGUUUCGAAGGAUGCUUUGAUGAUCCUGGGUUCAUGAGAUUUCCACUCAAUGAGUACAUUUCAUGCUUCUUUGGACAGCAUCUGAAUAACAGUAUGUGCAGAGCAUUUUCUUCGUAAAUAGAGUAAAGCAGGAUCUCUCCUGAAUCUACUUUUUUCUGUCCAGCUUUGGUUCAGUGGGUUCCGCUGAUUUCGAGAACCGCCAAUUUUUAUCUCCUCAUUUCCUUUGUUAUUUGACUAGUUCUUCUGGUCUCCCACUUUGUCCGGAAAUUCCAUGUACCUAUAAUAAUUGUUGCUCUGGUUGUUAGAAGGGGCGUUGGCCUCGUGACUUCCGAAGAAUCUCGGCUUUCAUCGCGUGACGUCAUAAUUCUUCCUUCAACUCGAAGGGCAGAGUUUAAAUGGACUAAUUUGUUUAAUCUGGUUGGUCGUUUUUUAGCAAGGUCUUUUCUACGGGACCGGGUUGCCGACUUUAUUCCCAACCCUCCUCAUUUACCCGGGCUUAGGACCCGCAGUAACUAUAGAAGAGCUACAGGUGGAAAUUGUUUAGGCGAUAAUUUAUGGAUGGCUUUUGGGGUAUAAUAAAGCAGCCCUGAGAAACUUCGACCACUAACCAGGGUCACAAUAGGGCCAUAAAUUAGUUUUGGGAACUAGGGUCUUGAGUUAUGUUUAUGGUUUUCAUCAGAAACUUGUAUCUGUGAUAAUGUUAAAAUGCUGUUUAGCCAUAUGCGUUAGUGAAUUUCAUGCAAAAAUCUAAGAGACAUCCUCUUAAGUUUGAUUGGUUCGCCUGUAAAUCAUAGUUCCGCCUGGAUAAACAUAAAAGUCUACUGAGAGAAAAAAUGGUGCUGAGAUACUUCCCAAGGGCCGUUCUUUGAGAUUGAAUAAUCAGUCUAAACUGAUCACAAUUUCCAUUUAUUCCUGAUAGGAAAUAUAGUUGUGUUAAUAGUCUUGAAGUGAUUAACGAAAACUUAUACUGUCAACUUUAUCGUAUUUAUGAAGAACAAAAUAUUACACAGUUUUUCCCAUCGAUAGAUUUGAAUCGAAUAACAAGGACGAGAGUAGCACGAUAAUGUGGGUUUAUUCAUUUUAUUUCAACAGUACGGUUUCCUAUUAUCUGCUCAGUGGUGGAUAUUGAUUUUAUAAAAUCAUUCAACACUAUCAAUAAGCAGACGACAUAAGACAUUGCGUUUUACUCAAAGCAUCGCUACCAAAACAUCUGAACUUAAUUUAUGUACUCAAGAGUAUACUAUUUCUAGUCUUGUAAUAUUCUUGUGACCUCACUCUCUGGCAAUUAGUUGCGCGACAGCUCAUUUCGCAUUUGGAAUCACAAGUUCAUUUUUGUAGUCCCUUCUUAUGUCUGAGAUCUGCUAAUUUUAAUCUUAAAGCCAAUCCUUUUUCUAUAGUUGGCAUUAUAUGGCACUUAACAUUAUUUUUUUCAGUAACAUACUUUCAUCCGCUUUUAAAACCUGAUAAUUUAAUUCAAUUUAAGAUGGUUUGGAUUAUCCGGUUGUAGAUUUUUUGACUGAAAUCUCAUCAAUCUUGGGUGGCAUAUUAGGUUGAAUUAAUUCAUCUGCUACGUCCAUUCUGUUUGCUCUUAAUUUUCAUGUAAAUUUACCUGCAUCUUUACUCGCACAAAAAUAAUGUGUUCUCAUAGAUUAGUGAGGCCAUACGGUACUUUAAGAACUAUGUUUUAGAGGUAACAUUGCCUUAUCGUUAAAUUAUUCAACGCUGGACCAAAACAAGGAAUUUAUUAUUGUGUAUGUUUGAUAAAUGCGUUUAAUUAGUUAGUCAAUAAUAACGUGGUCAGUUUGUGAUAGAUUAAGAUAGUUGGUAAACUUGUGUAAUCUAGUCAUACGUUUUGUCUUCAAUGAUCUAUUGGAUUGAAAGAUACACUAGCUAAGUAAGCUAUAAUUGGUAGAACUCAUGCAGAAUUUCAUUGGUGCGUUUCUGUUCUAUAUAAGUAAAUCAAUUGUUGUCAUCAACAUAAUCUCUAAUACGAAAUGUUUUCCUGUAGGGUACUCAUUAUAGCUUCGUUUGUGAUCUUCCUCUUAGGAACAGUUAACUGUAGUAUAAUUGACCAACUAAGUGAGUACUGUUUACUUAAAUUUCUUUAAAAGUACUAUGUAGUUUGUUUCCCUGUAGUUCGAUCCCAUAUACAAAGUUUACAUAUGAUUAGAAGGGGUUUUGUGGAGAUUUUAUUAAUGUCACUAGUUGAAAUCAUGAGUCAAUUAAAGCUAGACCACCAUGAUUUCAACUAUUGAAAUUACUAAAAUCUCCACAAAACCCCUUCUGAUAAUAAUCAUCUGCUCACUAAUGACUGACUUCAAGAUGCAUUUCCUGGAGUUGUAGUGAGAAGCCGUUACCAGUGGAGUUCAACUAGGUCUGUUGUGAGAUAUCAGCUCACUGAAGACAAUGGUGUACGGUGGCGCAAUUUCGUAGAUCAGUUGAAGUUAGACAUCAACACCGUUGGAUGCCGAGUCAGUGGUUUAAUGGUUAAGCGCUCGCGCGCGAGACUGAUAGGUCCUGGGUUCGAAUUUCGCGGGGGGAGCGGUAUCGUGGAUGCGCACUUCUGAGUAGUGCCAUACUAGGACGAAAUGGCCGUCCAGUGCUUCCAGGUAUUCCAUGUUGAUCUAGCCUCAAUUGACUCAUGUUUAUACAUGGAUUUUUUUCUUUUAUAAAUUACCAACAGAAACUUGAAACCAUUCAUUUCCAUUUUUGUUUAAAAUCAAGGCAUUAAAAGUUCUCUUUUCCGAAAAAGAGAGAGAUUAUAAUGUAGUAAAUUUUAAUGGAAUUAUUAUCAUACAAAAAUAUGAAGGUUUAACUUAUAAAAAAAAAUAAUUUCUUAGAUUCAUAUUAGACAAGAAAUAAACAUCUUAUAGUGUUUUCCAUUAGAGAAAAUAUGUAAAUACUGACCUUCGAUUCCCCUUAGAGAAUCCUAUUACAGUUCCUUUUAUUUCAUGUUAUAGUUCACUAUUAUGUAAACGAAAUAUGUUUUUUUUUAUACCAAUUUUACUAUUGGUUCUUUUCAAAUUUCCAAUUAUAAACUUUUAUGAAGACAAUAUUGAGGCAAUUCGCACAGAAUGCACAUUUGCUAAUAUAAGACUGAUCAAUUUCAGUCCUAAAUAACAAUGAGAAGAUACAUGUAAAUUAUAUCAAGUUAAAUUUUAUGAAGAUUAUAACAAUUAAGAAUUCAAUAUCUGUAGUGAACUAUACAAUAUCGUAAAAUAGUUAUAAUGGUUUUUACGACUGUUGAAUAAAUUAAGAUUAUGUUUUAUCAUUUUAUUUCUAUUCUUAAUUGAACGAAAAAUUGACAUUUGUAACCGGUCAUAUUUCAGAAUUUCUUAAUUAUAAUGGUUACAAAAAUGAAGAUUAUAUGAUCGAUUUAGACAUAAUGUAGACCUCAAGGAUUGAUAAAUGGAUAAAUGACAUUUUCCUCAAGUAUCUAUUUAUAGUUGUUAGUAUAGCUGUGUAUGCUAUUUCUGUUGACAGAUAUAAGUAGUAUGUAACAUCAGUCGGAAGUGGAAUGCAUGCCUGCAGAAGAUUGAAAAGAUUCAGUUGAAGGAAACAGAACGGGAAACAGGAGGAAGAUGUAAUAACGAUGGAAUGGAAAGAAUCAUGAAGUAUGUAACGGAGAACUGAUGAAAGAUGUACAAAUGAUGUAUUUAAUGUAUGAUCUUGACAUUUUAUGAAAAAACUGUGUAGUUGGUUGUCCCCACCAAUUCUUCGUUCACUACAGUAUUACUUUAGUUCGAUACACGAAAGAAUUUCACUAUAGUUUAUUUUAUUCUAUAUCAUAUUAUACCGUAUUUUAAAUUAAUUCAUACUUUGCAGUUGAGUGUGAGUUACUCAAAUUUUGUCAAAAUAAUUUUUCUGGUUUUUUGCGGAAAUUCUUAUUUUUUUAAAAAAGUAAUUUCAUGUUGAUAAUAGUUGGCUGUUCAUCACGGUUAAGUUUCUAAACCUUUUUUUUUAAAAAAACGUACAUUUUAUAGUUGAAUCCAUGAGUCAAUGAAAGUUAGACCACCAUGGAAAACCUGGAAGCACCUGACGGCCGUUUCGUCGUAGUAUGGGACUCCCCAACAGUACCCAUUCACGAACCUGUUCGCGGGAUUUGAACCCAGGACCUAUCAGUCUCGCGCGCGAACGCUUAGCCUCUAGACCACUGAGCCGGCUGAUAUCCAACGGUCUUUAUGUCUAACUGUAACCAGUCCACGAAAUUGCGGUCAAGCGUUCGCUUGCGAGACCGAUGGGUCCUGGGUUCGAAUCCCGCGAGCGGGAUCGUGGAUGCGUACUGCUGAGGAGUCCCAUGCCAGGACAAAACGGUUGUCCAGUGCUUCCAGAUUUCUCAUGGUGGUCUAGCCUUCAUUGACUCAUAAGUUCAACUAUUAAAUUAAUAAAAUCUCCACAAAAUCCCCUUCUGAAAACUUACAUUUUGUUUUUGAAAUGAUAAAUUCCUCAGGCACUCGGCAAUGGAGUAAGACUUUAGAAUUAAUCCAUUUUUCUAUUAGUUGUUUGAAUUUUCCCAUUGAUGUUUAGAACUCAAAUUGAUAAGUCUCUUAUUGGUAUAUGUUCAUCUUGUGCGGAUUACCUCGAUAUUGCCACAAGCUAGUGGCUAUUUAGACUCAGUAGCUAAGUGGAUAAUGCAAUGCCGUUUGAAGCGAGCGGUACAGGUUUCGAGUCCCGUAGUGAACACCAACUCUGGGAUGCGGGUACAUCCAGCUGACGAGUCCUGAAAAGGACGAGACGCGUGUCUUGGAUUCUACUGCUACCCACCAUCCAUCUCUGCUUAGAAACUUCAGAAAUGUUUGUACAUCUUUCAAGUUGAGAACUUGUCUACCAUGCAUAAAGAAUAUCAAAUACUCAUAUUCUAGUUUUCAGAGUUAAUAUGUUUUGUUCAACAAGAGACAUAGCUACUUUGAAAUAUUAAGUUCCUAAUAACUAGUUAGAUUUUCUUGAUAUGCUUCCUCACUUCAAAAUUUACAUAUUUACGAGAGUUGAAAUAAUGCUAAACUUGAUAUUCUUCAUGUAUGUAUUCUACACUACUGAAUUAGAAGAUACAUUUGAUUCAUAUAAAUGAUUUUUUCGAAUUUCUAUUUGAAUAACCGUUAUUCAUAGAAAUCAAGGGAUUUCAUGUUUCAGAGGACUCAGUUAUCAUAACAACAAUGACUUAUAAAAAUACUAUCUCUUUAUAGUACAAAAAGUUAGCUACAAGUUUGUGAUUAUAUAUGUCUCGGUGAUGAAAAGUAAAUUAAGGCGGUAAAUACGGAUUAUCAUCAUUGUAUAUAUAAAAAGUUUAUUGAUUGUGGUGAACUAUUCAUUACACAUGUAAUAAAGUGUAUCUUGUAUGUGUUUGUAGCAUUCAUUUGUUAUUAAUUAAAUAAUAGAGGAGUGUAUAGGGAUUUGUGAAGAUUGUUGAGUGUCUUAGUUUACAUCAAGGACUGACCUUAGUUAAACAAUCAUUGGAAAGCAAAAAGCACUAGAAAAAUAUUCUGUACUUGUAUUCGCAACCCCAUUAUGGUCAGUCCAUGCUGCAAACUAUGAAAUCCAACGUUCCUUACAAACUCCCUGUAUUAAUUAUAAUCAUAUGAUCAUUAGUGACUGAUUCCGAGCAUCGAAUUACGGAAUUCUGUUGAGAAAGCGUGACCAGUGGAGUUUUACUAUGUCAAGCGUGAGGCAGUCAAUCAUCAAUAGCAGUGCAAAAUAGUUGAGUGAUAUCCCGAAUUAACUGAGGUUUUAUAUGCAAAAUAUUCGAUGUCAGCUUAGUGAUUUGAAGUUUAGGCACUCAUCACGAGACUUAAAGACUUUUUUUCAAUCCCAACUGUGUUUGUGUGCUACUGAGAAGUCUCAUAGUGGGACAGAAUAUCUGUUCAACUCUUCCUGGCUUUCAGUGGUUUCUAACUAAGAUCAGUCAUCAAUGCAGACUACAAAACGAAAAUAAGUAGUUGAUCACAUAAGAUCCAGUAGAUAAAGUAUCCAUCUUGUUAAUGCAAAGUUGUAAUUCCUUCUGUUAAAUUACUGAAACAAAUAAGUCCAGUACAAAAUUUGAUAAUGUAAUCAACAGAUUUAUAUUAAUGUUUUAAAAAAAUCGAAAUGAUAGACAAAAUUAAUACAACUAUAAGCUUAUAUAAUGUAGAGCGAGACUAUCAGUCACCUUUGUUUUAGUUUUUAAUGCUGUUCAUAGAAUAAGAAUACAUUUUAUCUGCAGAUCCAAGUUUACUUUAUUUAUUUAAACCAAAUUGAAUGUAGAAGUAUAAAACAUACUUUUGUCUACUACAGUUAUCACUAAAAUCUUUGAUUGGAUUGGAUUUUUCAGUAGACUCUUUAUUGGGAAAGAACCUGAAAGAAUACGUGGUCCCAAGGGUCCUGACGUUGAUUUAUCUGACUUUCUCGGCUUGUUUUUUGGUGGGAACGAGAGAAAACAUAAUGGUAGAAGGAGCAGAGGCGGUGGUGGUGGCGGUGGUAAUGGAGGCCGUAAGUUUAGACAUUUAACAGAACUGAUGAAUCCAUUUUUUUAUAUUCUACAUAUAAAAUAAAAGGUGUACUGUGGAAAUUGUCACUUAUCAAGUUUCAUAAUAUUCUUUUAAUUGUUAGUUAAUAAUUGUUCAGAAAUUUAUGAAUACCGAUAGUUUUUCUAUCUCAAAAAUUAUUUCCCACUGUAAAAACAACCACCAGUCAUAAUAUUACAAGAUUACAGAUAUUAGCAUCUACCUUAAGUGUUUGAAAUAAUGGGCCAAAUUUGCAAACAAGUUGAUUGUUUUUGAAGUUUAGAUAUAUAGUUUUUAACGACUAACCUUUUAUGUGGAUAACAUGAUCAGAAUCCAUUUCAUUCCGAAUUGAGAUUUUCCAUUACUUCACAUUUGUUGAUUUAGUUUGUACUUAUAGCUGAUAAAUGAAAUGGCACAAGUCCAUGAAGUCACUGAAAAGUGGACUGAGCCAUGUUGGUAGGUGUAGACUACCUAUUUGAGGACCUCGAGAUGAUAACAAACGAUGGUUAGAGACCCUGAAUGUCAUGGCUCAAAAUCGUUUGCAAUGGCGCAAGUGUAUCCACUGUUUGUGCUCUCCCAAAUUCUAAUCUUCUGAAUUCUUCAUAUCCCUUAUUUUUCUUCCAAAUUUAUUUCACUGUAUUGUACUCCUUGAAUAACAUCUUCAAACCCUAAUCUUUCCGAUUACUGCUUAUACUCUUACUACCUCUACCACUACGGAAUUUGAGUCGACAACUGCAUCUCUGUGCUAAUGUGGUAUAGCAACUCGAACUGAUGUACGUACGUACAAAGUUCUACGUUGUUACUGACUGACUGAUAAAUGAAAUCAAUUGAAACAUACGAAGACAAUCGUUUGAAAAUAAGGUCAUCAAAAUGAAUUGAUUUAAUAACUGUGGAAUAUUAAAAAAUCCUAAUUCUGGAUGGAAGUAGGUGUUGAUAACGUUAUUCAUACUGGUGGAAUCUCUAACCAAUUAGAUUAUCUAUUUCAGAGAAUUCAAGAACACAGAAAGUUAAAGUAUGAAUAGAUUUUGAAGAUAUAUGACCUUGACUAGUUGAAUUCUGAGUAUUUAGUAGAUUUCAAUAGAGAUGCAUAUAAGGAAAUAAUACAAUUUCUCUUUUCUCAUAUAACAUAAAUGAAUGUUAUCACAGAAAGGAAACAAAGGAAUUAGGAAAAGAGUUCAGCAUAUUCAUGAAUAUUACACUCUAGAACAAAAAUAUCCUUAUUGCCAUGAUCAGUAAAAGCUAAUUUGACAUUUAUCAUAACUGAUCUUAUCAUAACCACAUUAAAGGAAUAAGUGAAGUUUUAUAAUUGAAAGUUUCUUAGACUUAGUUUCCUUUAUGAAUUUGAAUAAGACAUAAGUAACAUUUGAAAGAGAAUAAAAUGAAUUCAUUUGAAAGUUUGCAUUAGUUGCUCAUGAUCUAAUUCAUAUUAAAAAAAAUGACACAAAAGCGUUUUAGUUUAUACAUGUAUGUGUAAGGUCAUUUGAGGAUAAAUCCAAAAAAAACCAAACAAGUAAAGCAGUAAUUACCAAGGUUUCAAAAACUAAUGAGAUGGAUUAUUCAAUAAUUUUAAAUAUAUUUGAUAAGGUUGCAUAAGCUCUAUGUAUUGGGUGAGUGGGAACUGUGCUUGGAAAGCUAUCUUUAGAAUAGAUGGAAUACUAAUUAACCGAUGGAAUAUUGUAUAAUAAUAAUUGUGAUAAUAAAUAAAGAGUAUAUGAUUAAAAUAUCAAUUUAUCAUGAGGAUGACUGAUCAAAAGCUGUCUCUUUCUAAAUUUAUAAGUUUAAUUUGAGCAGCAUAGUCAAAUAUUUCCUAACAUUUAUUGAUUUAAACACAUAAACAUUGGUACAAGGAGGCACCAAAUAUACAUGCGCCAUACAAAUGGCUCGACUUGUGUGAGGGCUGGAAUACUGCCCGGGUGCCCAUACCGAAGCAGGUAGUUUCCUUAGGAGGCCACACCCGGAGUCUUUGACCUAGAAGUCUGAUCCACAAGGCAGUGGAGCAACGUUAGGAGAUGCGGCACCAUGGUAGCCGGUGACCAACAGUUGGUUCAUACGCCACUUGUUCCUUCAGGAUUCUGGAGCCCAUGUGCACCAUUGGUUUGGAAUCAGGGUUUUCUGACUCCCAUAAGUGGAUCCUCCGUGUCCACCAACUCGGUUAAAGCGCCGGACAUUCGCUUUUUGUCCUCUUAAUUUCGUAAACAACACUACGCCACGAGAAGGCGGUUAGUAUAACUUCUUUGGUAGUGGCUGUAUACGCGUGGUCAUGUGGGAGUAUUUGGGGGCAAGCUUUUUAACUGUCUUAUUUUCAAUUUAUUUCUUUUGAGUUUCCGAAUUACACAUUCAUUACAUAUCAACGAAGUAUUUCCUUUUUGUUGUUUUAAAUGUUUGUUUCAAGUUCUUAAGCUAUUGUAAGUUCUAAGAACUGAUAGAUCACCUUCCAAAAAAAAUAUCAACUACCGUACUAUAAUUCUUGUUCAGAUUUGACUUCUUUUAACCAAAAAGUAGAUUAUAUUGUUUUUUAAAGGGAACGAUGUGAUAUUUCCAAUUUCUAUUUUCAAUUGCCCUAUUUUGACUGUAUAACACAAACUCCGUUUUAAAAACAAAUUUAACACAUCUAUUACUGGAAUAAGUUAAGGGUGUACAUUUUCUUGUUAAUCACUAGCUUUUAUUGAAUUGAAUAUACUUGCGUUCUAGACAAUGAUUUUACAAGUAUCAAACUUUGGAAUUGUUUACAGUUGCUUUAAGUCAUAAUUCUAUGAUUUUAUUCAGAAUUUUACAUAGAUAUCAAUUACAAGUUAAGUGCAAAUCGUUGGAAUAAACUUCCAAAGAGGUUUAAUGCUUAUGGAAAAUGAUUUAACAAUGCGUCAAUAGAAUGAAGCAUUUACAAAGGGAUUUUACCAGUGAAAAUGAAGGUUUUUUCAGUGAUAGUUUUUGUGAACCUUUAUAAAAUCCUAGUUUACUUUUUAUUUGAUGAUCACUAUGAAAAAAAGGCUGAAGUUACCUCUCUUAUUCAUAGUAUCCUAGUAAUGUAUAACAUCCAAUACUUUUAACCAUUUUUUUCUGUUCAUUCAGCUAAUGAAAGCUGAAAAUCAGAGUGUAAUUUUUACUAAGGGGUUUCAUUUCAACCUUUUGAAUUGAUAAAUAAUUCAGUGUCGCUUAUCGCAACAUGUAGUAUGAAAAUACAAAUAUAUGAAGAGUAUGACUUCAAUUGAGUACUCUAAUAAAAAUUACGCUCUAAUAUGCAGCGACUACCUAUUAAAUAAAAGAAAAAUUUUUUUUCGAAAAUACUAAACAUAACACACUGCUCAAAUACUGAAAACGUGUUGGAUUAACGUCAAAGGUAGAUAGAAGGUAACACAAACUUACUAAAAUACAAAACUUUAAUAAGUUUCGAAAUAAUUUAGGACAAAGACAAUCAUUCCCUACAUGAAUUCAUCUAUAAAUGACCGGAAUAAAUACAAAACACAUUCACCAUCCAUUGUUAUUCUAUAUUAGAUUCCCUAUUUUAUUAAUUAUCAUUUUCAUAUAUUUGUAUUCAAUGAAUUGUGUUUAUUCUCUUUGUGAUAUUAUUACCCAUAGAUUUGCUCCUUAACACAAGAUAAUACAAUCAGAAUUCAGUAGUAUCAUUUUGAAUUAAAGUAGAUCAGUAUUUAUUCUGAACUGAGAAGAAAAAGUUCAUUUUAUUCAAUCAAUAAUCUGAUCAAAAUUUAAAUGUUAAUACAUUUGUUGUUUGAGUCAAUAUGGCUUGUUUUGUUUUUAAUGGGGGUUAACAUAAAUGGGGGCAUAAUUUCGCAGUGAACCAAUCAGAAUUAAGCGAAAUUUAAAAAAAAGCAGGAUCGUUAUGAUUUUACGUCCGGCUUUUAUCAUGUGAUUUAUCCAUCAAUCAAAAUGCGACUUAUAAAAUCUUCGCACUAUGACAAAACCAA